CACACCAUUCGAAUUUGCAAGAUCAAAGACUCUGUAAAAUUUCAAUGCCAUUUAGCACUUUCUCAUGAGAUUACUCCUUAAUUUACAGAAAUGGAUGGUCUCGCUCUCGCUACCGCCUCUUCCGCCAAUACCAACGCUUGCUCUUCCUUGUCUAUCAAUAAAUCGCAUUUUCCUUUUGUGUCAGCUGCAGUAAGAGGUAUAAGAAGUAGAAGAAGAGAGGUGGGGUUCCUUAGAAAGAGUAAAUUUGUUGUUUUGGCAGCAAAAGAAGAAGAGCCCAAUCUUGACCAGUGGGACCAAAUGGAGCUCAAGUUUGGCCGCAUGCUUGGUGAAGACCCCAAACUUACCCUUGCCAAGAUAAUGGCUAGAAAGGCAAACCCGAAUGUUUCGUAUCUCGAAGUUGAGAAAUCAUUUUACGAGAACAAGGGUAAAAUAGUGGAAAUAAGGGAACUUCCUUUUGAUGUGUCUAAGGAUAAGAAACCAUCGAAUUCAUUAGAUGGUUUGAAUUUGGUUCGCCCUGUUCCUAAAGUAGGAUUUAAAGUUCAAGCUGAUGGUAAGCCAGUAGCAACCGUGAUAAAGAAGCCAAGCCAACCAGUUGGAAAAGCCAUGGAUAAUACUAAGCGCAGUGUUCCUAAUGUUAUCUUAAGAAAGCCAGCUAUGUUCGUUGAGGAUGAUGUGGAAGAUAAGUCUACUUCAAGGUCUAAAAUGAGGAUUAAACCAAAUUUGACCUUGAAAAUGAGGAAUGAUCAAGCCAAGGGAAAGUUUAGUGAUAUGACUCUGUUGAGAAAGCCAGAACCAUUGAGUGUUGAUAAAAAGGAAGAAUCUUUGGAUAAUCCAGAGACGAAAUUUUGCAAUGAUGCAACCAGAUCGAGAAUGUGGAAGGAACAAGAUGGGCAUAACUAUAGUGGUUUUACUCUAUUAGAGAAGCCUGAGAAUACAAUGAGUGAUGUUAGGCAAUCUUCAGAAACUGGGGAUGGUGCAGUUGCAAAUGAGCAAGAGCUAGAAGAUGACUCCAGAUUAGGAAUGCAGCCACUUGAUAAGAGCAAUAUUGGGCCCAGUACAGAGGAAACUGCAACAAAUGUAUCAUCUGAUGGAAAUUCUGUUGAUUCCACUGUCAAGAUCUCAUCAGAAGCUACACUGCAAGGGAAGCCAAAGAGAUUCGACUUCUCAUUGAAAGAAGCAUCAACCUCUAUCAUAGAAGAGAUGUCUAUUUUACAUCCAGAAAGUCAUGUAAAUGUUGAUGAGCUUUUGAAUCGCCCUCCUACAUCACCUUUAGAGGAUGCUGAUUGGUCCAAAGCAGAGGAUCUGCUCAGGACAGGACAUAGGGGAGAGGUUGAGUUAGUCAGCUCCAGCACAAGAGGCUUUGUUGUAUCUUUCGGCUCGUUGUUAUGUUUUUUGCCAUACCGUAAUCUUGCUGCAAAAUGGAAGUUUUUAGCAUUUGAAUCUUGGUUGAAGCAGAAAGGCUUUGACCCAUCAAUCUAUAAGCAAAAUUUAGGAAUUAUUGGCAGUUAUGAUGUCUUAGACAAGAACCUUUCUCCUGAUUCAAGAAUGGAUCCGGUUGGACAAGAAAUUGCACCAGAUAUGAAAUUGGAGGAUCUUCUUAGGAUUUAUGACCAAGAGAAACUCAAAUUCUUGUCCUCAUUUGUUGGUCAGAGAAUUAAGGUGAAUGUGGUAAUGGCUGACCGGAAAUUGAGGAAACUUAUAGUUUCUUUGAGGCCAAAAGAGAAGGAAGAGUCAAUUCAGAAAAAGAGAUAUCUCAUGGCUAAACUUCAAAUAGGAGACGUUGUGAAAUGCUGUAUCAAGAAAAUAACUUACUUUGGAAUUUUUGUUGAGGUUGAAGGUGUGCCUGCAUUAAUUCACCAGACAGAGGUGUCAUGGGAUGCAACUGUGGACCCUGCAUCAUAUUUUAAAGUUGGUCAGAUUGUGGAGGCAAAAGUUCACCAAUUGGAUUUCACGAUGGAACGUAUUUUCUUAUCAUUAAAGGAGAUUACACCUGAUCCACUGAUUGAGGCCUUGGAAUCUGUGGUUGGUGAUCGUGAUUCCUUUGAUGGGAGAUUACAAGCAGUGCAGGCAGAUUCUGAGUGGACUGAUGUAGAAUCACUUAUCAAAGAACUGCAACAAAUUGAAGGGAUCCAGUCCGUAACUAAAGGCCGUUUUUUCUUGAGUCCUGGUUUAGCCCCAACAUUUCAGGUAUAUAUGGCGUCCAUGUUUGAAAAUCAAUACAAGUUACUUGCUCGAUCUGGAAACAAAGUACAAGAGGUGAUAGUUGAAGCAUCAUUGGGUAAAGAAGAAAUGAAAUCUACGAUUUUAUCAUGCACUAACAGAGUGGAAUAACUAAUUAGUUGCUGGUUCACAAAAUUUCAUACGUCCUCCUAUUCAGCCCACUUAGAUGGUGCGCUGUGUUGCUACAUUGGUACUGCAGGUUUGACUCAUUGCAUGGUUCUUUAUUCUAGAGAGUAAAAACAGGAUCUCAUUGCAGUGAUCGGGCAUAUGGAGAGGGAGAGGAUGGGCAAGGGCAAAGGUGAUGCUUUUUCAGUUUUUCCUUGUGUAUUGGAAAGGGAGUUGAUGACACGAGUCAUUUAAAUUACAGGUUAUAUUGGUGUCUUAGCAGAACAGAAAAUUCAAUUGAUGUUGUAUUUUUUUUGGAGUUGAGCUUCCAUCAUUCCUCCCCUUUCUUCUUCUCAUGUUACGCUUAGUUGUGUGGAAUCUGUAGCUCUAAUCUUUGUCUUAGGGUUCUUAUCAUGCAGCAGUAUUAGCCUUGAAGUGAAGAAAGGUUUAAACUUGAAACUUGUACAACAUCUGUGAAGGGCAAUACACUCGGAAAAAGUUAUGGAAUGGCA